AUGCCAAAGAAUAUGACAGCAUGGUUAGAAACGUCAACGUCGGCGAUAGAUCGUCAGUUCUGGGAUUACUUUGAAACCCCAGAGAAACGGAACACGACAUGGGAGGAUGUAUCUAUUCGGCAGCAAGGCGCUGUUCUGAGUGCUUACGGUGCGCUUAUGGCAGUAGGCGCUAUCGGGAAUAUCGUGGUAUUAACAGCGCUAGCCAGUGCUCGCCGUAGGAGAUCACGCGUUGAUCUCUUAAUGACUCACCUCGCUGUAGCUGACAUCUGUGUGACGUGCGGCGUUAUCCCUUUGGAGAUCGGUUGGAAGUACACGAACGCUUGGCUUGUGGGCAAUAUUCUGUGCAAAGUGCUACUCGUGAUGCGAGCUUUUGGCUUGUAUUUAUCGUCUAAUGUGCUUGUGUGCAUAUCUAUCGAUAGAUUCUUCGCUGUUCUGUACCCUUUGAAGCUGUCUGUUGCAAGAAGACGAAGUAAGCAAAUGUUGUACGGCGCUUGGAUCUUCGCAUUAGGAUGCAGUUUACCGCAGAGUGUCGUGUUCCGCGUGAUGCACCAUCCCUAUAUUGUUGGAUUUGAACAGUGCGUUUCGUUCGACGCAUUCGCAAGCGCACAGCUCGAGGUCGCGUACAACGUGUUCUGUCUUUGCGCAAUGUACUUUGUGCCUCUUCUGAUCAUCACCGUCUGCUAUGUUUGCAUAUUUUGCGAGAUACGACGAAGCAGUAACGAACUGAACGAAAAUUGCGUGCAUAACAUAAAUACAGUAAGGCUCCGACGGUCUGACAGACGGGUGCUGGAACGAGCAAGACGUCGCACUCUAAGGAUGACGGUGACCAUUGUAACCGUGUUUGCGCUGUGCUGGCUGCCGUACGCCACCAUCACUAUGUGGUACAUGGUAGACAGGGACUCAGCAUCUCAAGUGUCAAAUCAAGUUCAAGACCUGCUCUUUGCGAUGGCUGUCUCCAACUCCUGCAUGAAUCCGCUAGUGUACGGUUCGUACGCGCUGCGUCUGAGUGGUGCAAUUCAAAGGUUCUUCAAGCGAACCUUUUGCUGGUCCGCUUCUACUUCCGAUACUGCCGCCAACUCAGGCUCCAGUUCUGUGAAACAUAGGAACAACAAUACACCUGGUGCAUGUCUCGAUAAGUCUGUUAAGAAUGGACGGGUAAGGCCGCGUUUAGGUGUGCGUUUCGCCGAGACGUCACUAACAGCGGUUCCUGAGCGUUUGGACGUGAAUAAGGCGCGUGGUCCCGCUUGACAGCCACCCGCUCGUCUCCACUGCGCACGACAUGAGCGAUGCCGCGUGCUCCACGAGUAUUACAGGAGUAGAUCUACUGCUGUAUAACAUGGAAGAAGGCGAGUUUGA